GACUCCUAGCAACCAUCAUGGCGCCGGGGAAGCAGUUAGCGGUUCGCUGAGGGGGAGGAGGGAGUGAUUGGUGUUUUAUUAGUGUUUAAUUCAGAGGUUUGUGAUGGUUUUACUUGGUGAGAGCUGUGAUGAAUGUACCUGCAGUGAGGGACAGUGCUUAGUGCGCGCUGUGCUGUUCUGAGUAUGGGAUACUGGGCUGAAUAUCGAGUCAUGGAUGCGAAGCGAGGUAACUAACGCAUUCUAUCAUGGCUCGACUGGAAGUCUAACAAAUCAGCACAUUGUUAAAGACCACAUGCUGUCCCAUUACAAAAAGAUAUACUCAGCAAAAGCUGUAGUGGAUUGUGCAGUACCUACAAGUAUGUGUCGUAAUGUAAAAUACCUAGAUCAAAAGCGGCGUGAGCAGCUAAAACAGGAUGGAUCAGAACGGGCCCAGUCAGCAAGGUCCUUUUCACAGAGGAGCAUCCGGUUGAAUACUGUGACCCCAUGCUCAUCCAAACAUACAAGACCUUCGGUUCGAGGUGCAGAGGGUGCCCAUUUCGACCAAGGGGACUCUGUCUUAUCCUCACCUAGAUUCAAUACCUCAUUUCAUUUCAAGCAAAUUGCAUAUGCAUCCAAAAUGACCACAAACUCUCAGAACUAUCGACCUGCAUCGGAGUUAAGUUACAGGAGCCCAAAUUCUCAUUGGCACCACUUCACACCUUCAUGUACCACAUCAACUAGUCAGAAGAAGUUUAAAAGCUUCCAAGAUCCUACACAGAAAACCUACAGUGGUGAUGUAAUGCACAAACAUGCUCACUACUUUACUGAGGAAAAGCCAUUUACUCCGAGAACACUGAAAUCAGAUUGCAAAUCCACACUCUCUACCUAUCGGUAUUACACACCUGGCAGAGGAAAAGAAGCAGAGGCGAAAAGCACAUCUAAAUUUCGUCGACAAGAGACUUACCAUGGAAGCACACACAACAAGCAGUGGUCUUCAGCAGGACAGGAGUCACCCCAACCAUACAGCCCUGAACAUGAAUGGUCUGAUGAAGAGUCAAAUGUGUUUGGCAAUACUUACAGCACAGCAAAUAAGUAUAGAGACGGUGGAUUUCCUGUUUCCUCUUCAAGGGUGUCACCAGAGGGAAUGAAGUCCCCAGUAAUGAAAAAAGUGACAGCAGUAGAACAAGAAGUAAAGUAUCUGGAGUUUAUUACUGAUGUAACAGAUGAUAUUUUGGCACGAGGGAUCUACUCUGACAGGGUUCUGGAGCUUGUUUUUGAACGCCAUAUUGAUAUGAAUAGACACCGAUUAGACAAGGACAAAAUGCGCCACCUUCUGGAUGAUUUACGAAAUGAUCUACAACGUCCCAUCGCUGCUCCUGUAAUGGUACUUGAAAAGGAAGACAAGGACAGUUUCCUGUUGCCUAGACACAAGUAUUCAGGCCUGGAGCAAGAGCUGACAUUCAUGACUAAAGAAAAUGAUUCUAGGCCUCUAUCUUGCACAGUCUUUGAUAAGGACACAGAGAUUAAUGUUGUAUCUCCUUCAUUACAUUUCACACCAGUAAAUGGCAAAGUCUCUGAGAGUGCCACACCUUACGGACAACAAGAUGAAGAGGGUCAUACAGAUCUGCAGUUUGAUUACAGGAAAAGCAAUGCAGUAUCCCCCAGUUUGGAAAACCAGCAAAUGAACAAAGAAGAGGAACAUCAAAACGAUGAGCCGACAGCAGAUGAUGAGCUUGUGAAAGAGUUUGACGAACUUGGUAGGAACAUGACCGACUCCCUAAUUGUAUCUGAGACACAUGGCUCAAAAGUGAACAUUGAACAGGACUCAGAGAAACUUAGUGAUGAUGAAUUUUGAACUCUGUAUUGGCUUUUAGUUGUCUUUUCAAAGCCAAGGAGUUGUAAUGAAGCCAUAUUUGAGCAUUUCAGAGUUUUCUACAUAUUUUUAUGCGAUACUGGAUUCUAGUUUUAAAGAAAAGUAGAAAAUUCAAGGUGACAACACAUGAUGGGCUGGUGAAAGAGCCUGUUAAAUUAGUUAACCAACAGGGGAGAUAAUUAUUUAGCUCAUCUUAUUUUGUAAUUUGUUUUCACUAAAUAUUUGAUAAAUAUUCGGUAAGGUUGAUUUUAUUCGGUUUUCCAAACUGUUACACAUCUCUUUUAUUAUUGGACAAAAAAAGAAGGUUGUAAAAUGUUCUAGUUCUGUUCUUUACUACUUUUUUUAAAACAAAAUUGUGCUUAACGAGUCUUUAUGGUUCAACCAAUAUACUCUAGACCCCUAGAGUGUCAUAUCUGAUAUCCUACACUGGUAGCCAUGACCAAGUACAGAGUCAAAUCCCAAAACAAGUGACUGCACAAAUAUUACCGGCUAAAAGUGAUGUAUUAAUAUAAAAAAUUUUGAUUUGUCACUGAAAUAUAGGAAAUGGUAUUUCUUACACUACUUGAAGUAAGGCCAUUGAUUCAAUGGCAUUUUGUUGUCAGUACAAGACGAACCUAUUUGUUGUUCUAUGGAGAUCAUUAAGCAGCAUUAUGUAAUAAUUGAUAUUUCCUGCUGCUGGGCUCCUCCUGUGAUCGGGAUGAGGAAUUUGCACUUUAAACACCACUGAAGGACAAUCUUUACACAUGCAUUUCUGGUCAAGCUGAGAGAUUUGUUGAAAGUUAAGGAGGUCUGGACUCAGGUGUUAAAGGAUUAUUACAGGAUUUUGCACAAAUAUGGCUCAGGUUAUGCAGUGUUACAGAGUUUUCCCUCAAGUUGCCUGGGCCAGAGUUACUUAGUAGAGUUAGCAGUGUGCUGAGCCUGGAGUGGCAAAACACAGAGGUGCUAUUCUCUCCAUUACAAUCAUUGGAGCAUCAAGAUGACCUUGAGGCUGUUAUUUUAAGGUUAAACAUAUUUUAUAUGUUUGGAUCAUUUAAUUUGACCUGUGCAUUUUUUACUGUGCUUAAAAAUGGAAACACAUGCUUAUUUUUUAUUUUGUUUUAUAUGAUAUUAUGUGGACGGCAGUGAUGUACAGCAUGUCCAAAAAUGAUGCUCAUAUCUCAGACUAAACACACUGCUGUAAUAUGUUGCACGGUGGUCAUGGCCUCCACACAGGUUUUGUUUAGUUGGAGCAGAAUCAGCCAUCGGCUCUUUGUGUGUUUUUAACGGUAAAUUGACUGAUUGAAUCACAUUUGUUGUAGCAUCUACAUAAUGUUUAUCAUCAAAAGUUUUCACUCUUCUAGUAGAAAAAAGUUUUUUUUCUGAACUUCAUUUCUUUGAACUGCAAAAACAUAGUUUGUUUUUUAGUUUUGUGAAUUGUUUUGAUUAAGCAAUAAUGUAUAAGGCAGGAUAUUUCUUUUAGCUAGAUAACUUAAGGCCAAAGGUCUCUCUCUCUUCCCCUUGGGACAACUAAAUAGGUUUAAACACAUUGCACUUCAAUAUUUUUUGCAUUGUGUUCGAAGUAGGGCUGUGCCAUAUUGUAUUGUAUGCAAUAACACCAGCCAAUAAAAAUUAAUUCUGA